UGGGCUGUGGGAGGAUUACGUCUCACUACAUGAGAGUCAUCCACGGCUUGUGCAGCAGUAUCACAGGAGCCUGCAGAGAAGAAGAAAAUACCGUCUUGCUUGUGUUUCUGUACAUGUGUGAGAGGGGCGACCCCGGCAAUCUGACUCUUGGCUGCAGCAGCACAGAGGAGGUGUAUUUGUGGGUUGGGAAUAUUUAGCAUUCUGUUUCAGACUUUCCACGCAUUUGGUUAUGUGUUCCAUGAAGGCAUCAUGGGGAGAUCCCAUGUCUGCAGCGGAAGUCCUUUAGCAGUGAGGGACACCCUGAUACUCACUGCAUAUGAAGAGGAGCUGCAGGAUCCUGUUGCUGGUUGUCUAAGGCUCGUGAAUCAUUGACUGGUUUUGGAGCUACUAGGACAGUAUUUGCAUUUCAGCCAUUCUUCAGAGGAAGUCAAUAUGCAUGUGUGUUUAAAGUAGUGUCUGAACUUAUCCAGACAUUAUGCAUCAGUAGAAUUAUCAUCAAACUGUGGUGUCAGAGGAUAUUAACCACUUGCACCCAAUCAAUCAUGCACUGACUCACUUGACUCCAAGAUUCCCCCACCCCCAGAUUACCCCUCACAUUUUGGGGAGACAUUAUAGAAUGGAAAAGCACCCUCAGCAGUGAUUAACACCCUACUGCCUACAGGAUCUACAGUCUGUGCAUGUGUGUGUGUGUGUGUGUGUGUGUGUGUGUGUGUGUGUGUGUGUGUGUGUGUGUGUGUGUGUGUGUGUGUGUUUGUGAUCCUCUCAGAGUGCCAGGCGUGUAUGUGCUUGCCCAGCCAAGCCUAGGGACAGUCAGACACUCAGCUUGUUUGUACACGCACAUUCACACACACAUACGCAUACACACACACACACACACACUGUGCCCCCUCCUGUUUCCCUGCAGCUAUGGAGUUCUGAACCAGCUAACCCAGGCCGGGCUCCAUCCCUGCCUGAGGGAAGCCCCUCUCCUGCUGGAGCUACACUCCCGCUGACACCCUCCAGUCUGGACUUUAUCCACUCCAUCUGUGAGGUUGUUGUCUAAACGUACCUGUCUGGAGACGUGGCUACGCGGAGACCACAAGAUCAGACUAACUGAUAAGACAGUAAUAAUUCUUCACUAUCUGACAAAGCAUAUCAGUACACAAGUGUACCUGCACAACAACAACCUGUAAGAAUGCACACACCUCCUUGCACAUGGUUUACAGACAAAAACACAACCAAUGGAACAGCCAGAGCCCAAAUUUCAUCAAUGUACAAUAUGCUCAGGGGUGAAUUUUGCACUGAAAUCAUGACAAGUAAUGCCACACAUUUUAAAAACAACACAAUUUAGAGAAAUUGAAUUUCCCUCUGGGAUUAAUAAAGUAUCUAUCUAUCUAUCUAUCUAUCUAUCUAUCUAUCUAUCUAUCUAUCUAUCUAAGAUGAAGUUAAUUAUAUCAACAUAUAAACACAUCAACACAAUACAAUUAAAUACAACAUACAAUGUGUUACAAAGCUGUGCAACAUCAACAGAUAUCUAUGAUACUUCACAACAUCACAAAACAACAACAACAACAAAAAACUCAGCUGAAAUCAAAGUAAGGAUAAGAAGAACUUAAUGUAUCCCUGUAGGUACAAAAGAUCUUCUGAAUCUUUCUGUCCUGCAGCGUAAAGAGAGGAUCCAUCCACCACCACUGGCCCUUUGGUCCAUCAAGGUGUUGUGAAGUGGGUAAUCCAUGUUCUUUAGAAUAGUCUCCAUCUUCCUCAGUGUAGUCGCACAGGAGUGAAAAAAAGAAGAUAUUUUGCUUGGAAAAAAAAUAAAAAGUACAUCUAAGGACAAUAGCAUCACAUUGCUCAAGUGUCUCCACUAUCAGAAGAGAAAAUAACACUAUUUUGAAGUUAAAGCUUCAUUUAAUCUUGGAUUCUCAGAUUAAAUGUUGCAUGUAACCAGUGAAUAAAAGACACAUUAGAUUAAAACAAUUCAAACCAUUGUUCAAGUAUUUGAAUAACUGCUGUUCACAACAUUAAAUCACUCAAAGCCCUGGUUACAUUUACAGAAAAGGUGAAAUUAUGUCACACUCUCAGCUUCUUCUAAAUCCUGUUUUUUUAUGGCCCCAAUUCUCAUUUAUUGUUUUAUAUUACACUCGUACGAUGUUCUGAGGUUGGUAGUAAAGUUGUUUUGGUGUCCCUCUGGUCUAAAGUGCCGGAGUAAAAAGUAUGGGCGGGGCAUAAAGAUAAAAUCUACUCCAAUUGGCUGGAGGAAUACUAGUGGGUGGAGCUACUCACUGACAAAACAGACAAGUUGCGCUUUGGAGAGUCAGUCAGGAGUUGCAACAGUGAGUAGAGACUUAAAUCAACUAUUGACUACGAUUGGAGCGUGAAAUACUCCCCACGGUUCUGCGCGCGUAUUUACGCACAUCCACCCACCCCGGCACUGAUUUACUGAAGUCACCGCUGACCGCUUGAGUUUUCUGAUCUUCCUGUGAAGAAAAAGGAGCCAUGGAUUUGAUGUGUUUGGUGUGCUUGGCGCUGAGCAUCGGCGUUUGGUUCGCUUCUGCAGAGAGACACAGCGUCUACUGGAACAGCUCGAACCCACUGUAAGUGCUCCAUCUGUGCUUUAGUGCGUGUGUGUGUGUGUGUGUGAGAGAGAGAGAAAAAGCCUGCUGACUGGGAAGUUGUGUCCCGUGGAUGUGCGGCUGUGUUUAUUCCUGUUGUCUGAAAAGGCACGUGGAGGUAAUUUUCUUCUUAGUUGAAUUGUAAAGUCGUUGUUGUCUUAAAACCCUGAAGCUGCUCAUGCGCUCGAACAACACUUGAGAUGCUUGUCCAUGUUUCCACCUUUGCAGUAGCCUAAUUGAAUGUUCACAUGAUGUGUGGGUCAGACUUGCACCGCAUUUAAACUCGCCCUGAAGGCUGGAGCAGACUUUAACAGAAGCGCAGCAUGGAUGCCCAGACAGAUGGACAGAUUCACCACUAUAUUUAACCGCAACACACAGACACAGACUAGUCUAAUAGCAGAAAAUAGACUGACAAGUAUGAACUUGGCCUCUGAGGCUGUCUGCGGGGUCUGCACCUGCGUGUGUGUCAUGGAAAGACAAUUAAUGAGAAUGAUUCAGUGGGUUAAUUUCAUUAUCAGACUUAUCCACGGUUUGUUGAAGUGUGUCAUUGGGUUGGAUGGAGAUAAUAGGCUGAGUGUGUAUCAGAGUGACACAGACAGAGAGAGAGAGGCACUCAUUGCUGAUUAUUUAGUUCUGAGGUCAGAAAUGUAAUGCAAUCCGACCACUCAGCUGGAUCGAUGGAGCUUGACAGACGCGGAAUAUCACAGCGCGAUUUAUUGAGCUUUUAGCGCGGAGCGAGUGAUCCCGACGCUUGAAAGACAGUAUUAUUACUUUCUACCCGAGCUGAAACAGAAGGACAGUCCCCACAUCGGUCGAUUAAAAUCCACAACAAGGGCAAGAGCUAUUAUGGUCUUUUAGUCGUGUCUUGGUUACAUCAUUGCUCUCUAAUUGGCCUUUAACGGUGACAAAAGAAGGAGAAGAAGAAGAACCCCACAACAAGGAAAACAGUUGUCCCUAUAAUUGGAUAAGGAGUCUGAUGGAAAAGUCCUCACGUCAUGAGGUGUGCUUGUGUCAUGGGUUAGUCCAUGUGUGACUCAACCCACCUGACUUCUGCACCUGAGUCAUAACAGACACCCAGAUGGGGGGACUCAUGUGCAGGUGAGACAGGGAGACAGAGUAAACCGAAGGAGAAAAGGACAACAAGAGUCUUUUUUUGUCCUAUCACUCGGAAAUUGGAGCUUCCAUAUUUAGCACACGAAAUAAAGGAUGAUAAAGUCAAAAAGAUGUCAAAGACAGGAGGUGGUCUAAUAGUUUAAUCCGGCUCGAAACUAUUUUUGCAGUUAAAUGGGAGUUGUGUAACCAAAAGAAAACUCAUAACACAACACUAAUCCCCCCCCCCCCCCACUGGAUGGCUUAACAUAGACUCCGAAAAACAGGAAGAACUUCACACAUCCACAUCGCAAACAGCAGCUUUUCUCCCUCUUCGUUUUCAUCUCAGUAAUCUGUCAGGUUCAACUAGGACCACUUUUUCAUCCCUCUGCUGCUCUUGAACUCAAAUAAUGACCACAAGGGAGAAAGAAAAACUUGUAUGAAGAGGAUAAUGGCAGUUGAAAGCAAAAAUGAAACCAUAAUCGUCUGACCCCCACAUGCAACUCGUAUUAUAUUUUUUCACCAGGUUUUUUUUAUAGUCUAAUCUCCAUUGCUCCUCCAUAAUCCCUAAUUCCCAGACGCCUACUCUUUCUCUCAUCACUUUUCUCUCUGGUUUUCCCUGUAACUGUUAUCUCUCUUCUUGACUGAAAUCCCACCUGCUUCACCCCCACCCUCAAUGAUCAAUCAGUCACCUGUGUGGUGGAUUAUACUAAUCCAUCUGAGCGUUUCCAGAUAAUUGAUGCUAAGUGAUUCUUGGUGGGAUUGUGAGCGGCAGUGAUUUGUCUUAGGUGGAGGAGGACAGUGACCAGAUGGCAGCAGUCGGGCCAUUCAUUCAUUCAGGGACAAGAGAAAUGUGUGUUUGUGUGUGUGUGUGUUUUCACUAAACACAAUGAAUGUACGAGUGUGUUCCCUUUUCACCAACUUGUCAGAGCAAUUGAAUGAUCACAGCUUAAUCCUGUACUUCAGGUCCUGUAGGGAUUUGGUACUCUGAGUGUGUGUGUGUGGAGGUUUUUACAUGACAGGUGUGGAGACAUGUUUUCCCAGGUCCGGUCCGGUCUUGUUUUUCACACUACGUGUCCCAGCCUGUGUCGCAAGUGUGUAUGUGUGUGUGUUGAAGAGAGAGACUUAUCACGGGUUAGUUUGAACCUGUGCUGCCCUCUGCUUUAUCCAGGAAGUUUUUGUUUUUGUUGAAGACUGAGAUUGCAUGAAACUCGGGCAGCAACGUCAGAGUGAUACAGAAAAAAAAAAACAGGAGUGGCCCUUACCGUAGACGGACUUACCGGGACGUUAUAAAUGUGUGACUCACACUCACACUGCUAAGGGGGGCAAGAGGGAGAACUUGGGUGUUAAUAUUAGCUACAGCCGGCAUUCCAGCCUGCUGUUACUAUACUAAACUCUGUCAGCUGUGUGUGUGUCUGUGUGUGUGAAAGUGUGUGUUUCUCUUACUGUACCUGCCUACUCCUCUCCCUCUCUUUAACAGAUGGGAUUCCUCCUUCCUUGUUCUUUUUCUCUCCGCUAAAUUACACUCCAGAUCUCGUCUUUUUUAUUUAUUUGCCCAGAUUUGGAUACCACUACACACAGCUUCUCACCGCCUCCUCUAUAUCACUGUGUUAUUUGGCUGCUUUCAUCCAUCUAGAGUAGCCUGCACACGCUGUAUCUGUGCAAAUACCCUUAUCAGGAGAUUGUAAUGUAAUAUUCUGUUUAUCUCCUCCCUGUGUGUGUCUGUCUCCUAAGUAUCCGAGGAUGAGAUGAACUCCUCCACCCUCUCUUCUCCUAUCCUUACAUUUACACAUUUUUUUCUUUGUCUUUCUGUCUCUCCUCAUCCACCCCUCCCAAGCCAGAGCCCCGUCUGGUUAGGGGUCUUUAAUCCCGCUAGAAUGAGAGCGCAUACGCACUAACAUAGAUUACACAUGGUUUGUAAUCUGACCAUCUGACCCACAGACAGUUCAGCGUCAUCUCAUACUUGAGAGUGUGAUGUAACUUUCUGUCUGUAUUGUUAUGUCACCUAUAGUCUGUAGGUAUGUGUGUGUGCAUAUCUGGGUAGGUGGGUUAUUGUGUAAGUGUUACAGUACGUAUAAAUCACCAUAAUCUGCUCGAUAGAAUCCAGGCUUCAUCACAAUAAUCAAUCCAAACUCAACAAGAAAAUCUCCAUUUGGCUCACACUGCAUCCUGCACAUUAGUGUCAGAGUGAUUGUGUGACUUCUCCUAUAGUGUAGCUGUCCUCUGUCCUCUGACCUAAUAGGCUUAUAAAUAUACAAAAUGUACACGCAAACCCUCACGCAUCACAGCACGCCAGUCUAGCUGCAGUAUACAUCAGAGUUAAGGUCCGCAUGCAUGCACCUCUGUUUUCUCCCCGCUCUUCCUCUCGCCCCCUUAUCUACGGUCCAGACUUCCUCACCCCUCCCCUCACCACAUCAGACCCCCCCCUUCUUUUUUUUUCUUCACAGACCUUCCUCUGUUUUUGCCCCCAGUAGUUUUCCACCCGAGAAGGACAGAAAGAGCACCUCUCAGCUCGGGCUCAGCUCACAUCAGAGAGGCUCGCUUUUUUUCACCCAAGAGUUAUCGUAGUAUGAGUGGGCAGGCAUGCAUGCAUGUGUACACUGCUCAUUCACAGCAUUUCAGACAUACUUUAGCACCACUGACCACUCCGUAGCCCGCCAUCGCCCCCUGAAGGGCUGAAUUGGCAAUCAAUUUCUGUCAGAUGGACUUUGUUUCUCUCAGUUAAUUUAACAAAAGUUGAACAUUUAAAGUGAGUUCUUGAAAGUUGCUGAACUUCUACUCUCUCUGUCUUCCUUACUGACACAGACAGACAUAGGCACACAGAUUAACUCUCCCUGACCCCCGAACAUAUUAAACCAAGCAUGAUACCAUUUGGCCUUCCUCUAUUCAUCACAGACAGAAUGGGGUGGCUACAAAGAGAAGGAGGCCGGGUGAAAAGAUUUCAGGGGGCACAGAGGAGGAGGCGCAGGGUGAGAGAAGGGUGAGCUGGAGAAAGGGAUUUGUGUUGAGAAAUUAGCCUGGAUGAAGAGCGCUGGUAUAUUAUGUCAGCGUUAAGAGACAGGAGAAAAUAGAGAAGAGGGAGAAGGGGGGGAAGGGCCGAGUUAAAGAAUAAAGGAGAGGCAGACGGAGGGAGGAGAGAGUGGACAGUGAUGGAUGAAGGGAGGGGAGACGUUUUGGGAUUGAAUAAGUGAGAAAUGGUGUAGCUGACAAUUUAAAACACUUGUGAAGUGCUUGAGAGAUUCUCUGCGUUGUAACGAAGCCAAGCGUACAUUUAAAAGCACAGAAAGUUCGACCAAAAAAAAGUAAGUCUUGGGUUUUUAAUCCAAGUCAAGACAGAAGAUUGUAUUGGUGCCUUGUGGAGAAAGAAUCCCCCCUGGGUUUCUUGUUACAGCACAAUGAGAUGGAAGAAGAAUGAAGGUAGAUUACACUGGAAGCUAAUACAAAGAGACUUUUCAGUGUAUAUUAGAUUGGCUAUAAUAGAGGAUCCCACUAGUGAGUGGCUAAACCUAUUAGACUCACUAACAGCUCCUCAGCCGGUGUGAAAGGAGGUGUGAAUUUGCUAUACCACAGCAAAUUAAUAGGGUAUUAAACGUACACCUCAAAGUGAAAGUGUAAGAGUGGGUGCGAGUGGAAAUUUGAUGAGUGUGAACGUAGUAAAUCUGUCCAAACCGCAGCCCCCUGAUGCAGCAUUCCAGCACGUGCACGCUUACUACUGAUUACCUGCAGAGCAAAUGGUGGUGUGUGUGUGUGUGUGUGUGUGUGUGGGUGCAUCUGCUGCUGACUUGCCUUGUGCGUGUGUGUGUGUGUGUGUGUGUGAACCACAUCUUUACACUGCUGACUCAGACGCUCAGACUGUGUAGUGUGAGAAGUUGCGACCCUGAACUCUAACCCUGCGACCUAGGCUGCCAGUUUGAAACUCCCCCCAGAGAGAUGGAGGAAGACAAGGGCUCCUGUGUCAGAUGUUUGAGGGAAAACAGAGAGGGCCCAGGGGGACAAAUGGAGGGACGGCGGGGUUGUCAGAGGGGGGAGAAAUGUGAAAUAAAAGAGAGAAGGAUGGCAGGAAGAAAGACAAGAGAAGAGGUGGAAGUGCAGAGCAAGGACAAAGGGAAGACUUCAAAGAUUACCAAGGGGGGCUAAGUGCUGAAGAAGAAGUCACCCACUUUCACUCAGAGACACAUGCACCAAACUUUGUCCGCUGACGCAAAAGCUAGAGUAGCUCUUUGGUGAGAAAUGACCUUUUCUGGCACAGAGGAAGAUCUACAACCACCUUCAACCCUCCCUGUUUACCUGCGCCUCAGCCACAUGCAAGACAACUCUCUUACACACACACGCUCCAAACACACAAGAGGCUUCAGGAGGCCUUGAUAAACAGAUGUGCUCAUGAGCCCGCGGCAUGAGACGCCCUGAAUAAGGGUCUUUAGAGGAUCCUUCUCGCUUAAAAACAUGCACGUACGUACACAGGCAGAGGCAAACCCGCACACGCAGGAAGAUGAAGCAGCGCGAAAAGUAGGGCUGCAGCGUCUCACACACCUGGCCCUUGCUCUCUCACACAGCUAGCUAUCACGUUAAUGUGACUCUCACCCUCCUGAGAACUGUCAGCUGGUGGAGGCGAGAGGAGACGCGGGGAGAUACAAGAGUCUGCGGGAGAGAGGGGUCUGGUUGAGAGUUAGGACCCGUAGCAGGACAUCAGCAAGAGCUUUUCUAUUUACUUACGUGCAAAUUAAGAAGAUUAAACCCAAAUAAAAAAGAAGGAUGGGUAAAUGAGAGCGUUUAAGAGCUAAAAAUACUCCUACAGCCGUAUUAGCACACAUUUAGCAUGCGUUCACCGCAGUUAGAGUAGUGAAAGCUCUGCAGGGGACAGGGCACAAAGGUUGCAGGGGGCCCUGUCUGUCUUUGGGGAGAGUAUGGGUAUAAUUACACACUAUUCAUUCCCCUCCCCGCCUUUUCUAGAGAACACGUUGGCCCCAGACCCCUAACAGCUUUUAAUUAGCCCAACCAAUAUGGCAGAGGACGAGGAGGAGGGGGAAAUGAGGAGGAUAAAAGGAGAGUUUUCUUAAAAGCAUGAGUCGUGAAUGAAAUUAGCUACAGAAUCAGUCUGUUUUUGUUAGUGUUUGACAAGCCCGUGUUUCUAAGGACACACUGUGAGAAAUCCGCACCCUACACGAUUCAAAGGUCUUUUUUUUUUUUUUUUACAUCAGAGAGAGCGACUCGAGAACUCUAAGCUUUCUUGUUUUCUCCAACUCUCUCAUUCUGCUCUGACUCAAAGACAACAAAGCAGAGAGGAACACGAUGAGAGUAAAGAUUAUUUAGCCAAUUAGGCUUCUACAGGCCGUGUCUCUUCUUUCAACGAAACACUUACGCUCACAAACACGCACAAACAAAGGCGCACGCACCUGUGCGGGAAUGUGCAAACUUACAAAGAGCCUUUUCUGAAGAGAGAGAAAGCGGUGAUUGUGAGUGGAGGAUGGUGUUUAGCCUGUUAGCCCUGGAUAACAAGUAUAGAGCUGUGCUGCGCUAACAAAGCGUGUUUUGACAGGUAGGCUAGCACUAACUGAUACACACUCUUACACACGCAUACAGAGGGCAGGAAGGAGGGGUUAGAGGCCCACCUUUGGAGCCAGUGUGUCUGUGACUUGGCCAGGGGGGUCCUAACAGGAGCCACAACAACAAGAGGAGGGGGCCAGAGCCACCGUGUCCCGAGCUUUGAUGCUGGGUACACACACUUUCAACACACAUAAACAAUGGCAGACACACAGGAGCUGUUUUCCUGUCACUUUCACUCACCACAAGACACAAAAAACAGGCUGUCACUCAGUUUCAACACUGAUUUAAUUUAAGGAUUAGAGCCUGGUGGCCCCUGAGGUUGUAAAUGGAGAACUACACAAGUAUCAAUCAUUUGUCAUUAGCAGUAUUUACACGCAAGCUAGCUGCAUGUCUCAUGUUGCAGCACGCUUGAAUCAUGUCCACUUUUUCCUUUUUGGUUAAGUUGAAAGUGACCAUGACUAUUAAAUUAUUCCUCAUUAUGUUCGAGGUAUACUGAUGUCUAUACUCGGCAUAACUGGAAACCUCUGUCUGUGUUUUGACUGACUGUUGUUGGUGAAAAUGAGUGUCUCCUGCCUCUAUACACCAGGGUGGAGGACAUGUCUAAGAAGUGAGCAAAGAGGAGACAGGGAGGCUGAAAAUGAGCCAUAAAACUAAAUGGGGGGUAAAAGAUGAAAAGACAGAAAGGGAGCGACAGUCUGACUGUCUCUACUUGGUGUCUUUGAAGCAACCAGAGAGAAAUAGACACAGAAAGGUACAACAAAUUAGUGUAAGAAGCCUCAAGACUGAUAAUCAAACAUCCAGGUGAAUAAAACAGUUCAAAAAGACUCAAAAGAAAAAGUUGAGGCAGCUCACAAGCGGACGAACACCAAAGGCAGGAAGAUAGAUUGCUCUGUGAUAAGCUGUCAUUUAAAAUCUCAUCUUCGUGUGAGCAGGUGAGGAGUAAAUCUCCGCUGAAGGCAAAACGUUGGUUAGAGCAGGAAAAAGGUGUGUUAGUGGGGUGAUGGUGGGGCUUUAUGAGGUUCAGGGUGUGUUUUUUUUUUUUUGUACGUAAACAAAGUGAACUAGUCGGGCAAGAUCUGUCUCUUUCUAAAUCUGUCACAGUGACGGGUUUGAGCAAGUACUUUGCAAAAACAAAUCAACAAAAACACCCUCACGUGGUUCCUGGAUUGCGCCCAAGCAGCUUUACCUGUGCGGUUACGUGUGUGAGUAAAUGUGUGUGUGUGAGUGUGUGAUUAAGCCACAUUAUUUUUCUUGACACGCAUGUUGUGUGAGCCAAGCUGUCUGGGUGUGUGCCGCACACGUGUCCAAAAUCAUAACGGAUGUAAUUCUCCUAAAUUGGUUGUUUUCCUGCUCUCUGAAGACACUCAUCACUAACCUCCUCCUUCCUUCUUUCUCCUUGCAGCUUCUUGUGGGAUGACUACACAGUGGAAGUGCGUAUCAAUGACUAUCUGGACAUCGUCUGCCCCCACUACACCCACGGCGAGGUGUCACAGCAUUCAGCCGAGCGCUACGUGCUCUACAUGGUGGAGAAAGAGGACUACGAUGUGUGCAAACCGCACUCCUUUGACCAGCUGCGUUGGGAGUGCUCACGGCCAUUCGCUCUCCACGCCCCUGAGAAAUUCUCGGAGAAGUUCCAGCGUUAUACUCCCUUUACCUUGGGAAAAGAGUUCAGGCAGGGGGAAAGCUAUUAUUAUAUCUGUAAGUAUCUCAAAAGCACAAGUAACUUUCGCAGCUUAUUGUUAAUCCUGCUGGUUUCGUGUUCUUAACCUCCCUCUCCUUUAUUUCUCCUCACAGCAAAGCCAAUGCAUCAUCAUGGUCAGGACUGUCUUCGUCUGAAAGUGGACGUCGCUGGGCACAAAGGCUCCGGGAAGAACCAUCAAGAUAAACCCAAGGCUGAUGAUGCAGGAAAAAAUAUGGACGUAGGAAAAGUGAAGUUUCCUGCUUUAGGAGGAGUUCACAACCCCUCUAACCGACUCCCAGCAGGUGAGGAUUCUUCAAACUAUAAUCCCAGACAGAUACAUAACAGUCACAGCGGUCAGCCCCAUGUCUGAGAGGAGCUCAGCUGGGUGUGUUUACAAAGCCUGAAUAAUGAAAUCUAAUCCUUCUCUUUUUCUUCCCUUAGAUGACCCUGCUGUGAUGGAGCCAAAUGUGCAGAGGAGCAUCGGCAGUUCAGGAGCACAGCUGGUCUCCUUUUCGCUCUUCUUCACAAUGAUCCCCGUAUUAUUAGCGCUCAUGUUACAAUGAGGCUAACAACCACAGAGACAAUACCGACUCAAUGCUGGACAUUGGGACCAUGGACACUGAACAGACUUUUUUUAUAAAGACUUUUUUUUAUACAAGCAUGGACAGUUUUGUGUGUGUGUGUUUGAGUGUUUGUGCGUGUGUUUGUGGGACGUGGAUCGUUCCAAAAAAAGGACCUCAAAGAUGUUUUUUAUGACUUCAUAAUGAGGAUGGAAGUUCUCAUUUAAGGACACUUUUUUCCAGCCAUGAUGAACAAAAACUGCAAGCAAAUGGAUCAAAAUGUUUCAUGGAUCAAUAUCAUAGUGAAUAUAACAAGAGGAUUACACUGUCUCUGUUAUUCUGUAUUGAGCCUCCCUGCACCAUUGGUACAAAUGUUCACUGUUCUCUUAAUCUCCGUGUUUUUGUGUUAUGAAAAUGUUGUCAGCUACUGCCAAAAUGGUUUACAUUUUGUAGGAUUUGUGUCUCGUUGUUGUGUAGCACUCAGCUCCCUGUUAUAUCUCCUCAAAUCUGUACAAAGUAACAGUCAUAUUCAGGCUGACUUUAUUUUACAAGAAAUAAUGCCGAAGCCCAACUCAAUUGUUCUCAGUCUCUCCUCUCUUUGUGGCCUUUGAGCCUCAGAUGCAGCACUCAAUUCUACCCAUACAGAUCAGAGAGUGAAGAGUAGAUAUUUUUCUAGUUAUUUAUCUUAGUUUUUACAUUUUGCAACAAAUUGCCUUUGUCCUAGAGAACUAUGUAUUAACUUAUUAUGAAAUCAAAUCUUCAUAUGUUGUCUUCAUAUUGUCACGAGCUUGAAAGUCAAUGAUCAAGUGCAAAAAAAAUCUUUGUAAACCAACAGGGCUUUCAGAGAGCUAAACUCCUCCAGGCCUAUAAUUAUUUACCCGUUUCUACAGUCCCAUCACUUUAUGGUACAAUGGCUGAUGUGCAGAUGUGAUCCUCUCUUGCAUUUUGUCAAACAACCUCAAACAACCCAUAAUUCUUUCACAGUUGUUUACUUGUUAAACAUGCUUGUAUUAUUUUGUAAAAUGUUUAUAUGUAAAUUUGUAAAUAGAGAAAACUAUAAGAAACUGUUUUGAGAUGUGAAAAAUCUUUAGUGAAUUAAAGAAAUGUGAUGUCAUUAAAAAAAAA